AUUGCUCGCAAGAAGUCGGAGCCAAACCAGCCCAAACCAUUCCAUCCCUCAACAUAUACGUCCUCCGCCGACGACCCUCACCACCGUCCGGCACGCCGACGACCGACCACAGACUGGCAGUUACGUACUUGUUCAUCUUUGCCGACGCCUUCGGGGGUCUCUCGCCGCUCGUCGCGUGUGUUGGCGCAGCCACAUCGCAGCCUUGACCGCGCCCCUGAGCUUGCUCCGCACUCCCUCCCAUUCAACCAUCGACCCUCGGCCCUCUCGUGCCCGCCUCUGACUGACAGAGAUGAACGUUCGCUUGUGAUUUGGAGCCUCUCCUUCUCUGAGUUCCCGCUCAUCGACGCCGAUACCCACGCAUGACAGCGCACGCCGAUAUGGAGGUGUCCUCCCCGCCGGCGCCGGGCGUUGGAACGGCCAACGGCGGGGCGACGCCAGCGCCUUUCCAGACCAUCGAGCCGGAACGCGUGGUUGAGCACUUGGCAUCCGUUUGUCAGGUGGCUCUCGGCGCCACGCGCGAGGAGCUGGAGCAGCCGGGCAACCUGCUGCAUAAGAGCCGCCAUGCCGAGACUGUUUCGCGUUGUACUCGUUUCGCAAAUGAUACCCAAAACGUCCUGUAUAUUCAGAAAGACGUUGUCGCCGCGUCCGCUGUUGAGAAUGGGACUGACACGGCUGUGCCCUCGUCCUUUCACUACACGCUUUCCACCGAGAUCUCGUCGUCCGCCACGACGAUAGCCUCGCUCGUUCUGUUGAAGACGCCGCAGCCCAUCGACCCGACCCGACCGCUGACUUCACAAAUAUUCAUUACUAAUUUGCCGGGGCCUGCCUCUCUCAAUGCUGCUGUGGGAGAGCAGGGUGCCUCACUAUCCCCAUGGGAGGUUCUCCAUUCUCAGGUUCACCACGCACUUGUGCCAUACUUUGAUGCGAACACCAAGAGCCAGCAGCUGGCCAACAGGUCCAGGGGCCGCGCAGAUGUCGACGCGAAGACGGGUAUUCCUGUGACUAAGAAGAGACUCAACGACUUGGAGCUGAGCCUCCUUCACCUCCAGCAAAACGUCGACAUCCCCGAAAUUUCCCUUACGUUCCACUCGAUUGUUCAAAACGUUCUCGACGAUGCCGAGGCGCGGCAUACUCGACCGACGAUUGAUGAAAUACCUGUCAACCUGCUACAAGACAGCUCCUUUCUCAAUAGGCUGCAGGCGAACGUGAACUCGUGGAUCAAGUCGAUCCAGGGCGUCACCAAGAUGACCAAGGACCCGUCCCUGAACGCAACACAGGAGUUCAGCACAGCGAGCCAGGAAGUCAACUUUUGGUUGUCCAUGGAGUCUGCUCUGGAAGGAAUCGAAGGCCAGCUGAGGAGCGAAGGUGUUCUGCUCACCCUCGAAAUCCUCAAGCACGCCAAGCGCUUUCAGGCGACCGUUAGCUUCACUGCGGACACGGGGCUGAAGGAGGCAAUGGAGAAGGUGCAGAAGUACAAUCAGCUUAUGCGGGACUUUCCUCUGGAUGAACUCCUCUCAGCGACCUCGCUUCCCAAAGCCCAAGAGGCCGUCUCGCAGAUCUUCAGUCACCUGAACAAGAAGCUGAGGAUAUGUCCGUAUCCCAUACGACGAGCACUUCCUCUGGUCGAAGCCAUCUCCGCGGAUCUGGAUGAUGUGCUCCACCGCCUGCUCCCCGGCACCGAGCUCGUGAACCUAGAUUACCAGCAGUUCCAGGCCCUCAUGCGAACCUGCGAUGGCAUCUUCAGGACCUGGGAGGAUAACGUCAAGGAGUUCACCAAUGUCGCUCGCGAGGUCACUCGACGCAGAAACGAGAAGUUUAUCCCUAUCAAGAUCAAUAAGAAGCAUUCCGAGCUCGAGUCGCGAAUCAAGUACGUUGGCACCUUUCGCGACAACCACGAGCAGCUUCAGCGAACCAUCGUCAACGUGUUGGGCCCAAAAGCGACCAUCCCUGGUGUGACCGAGACGACCAGCAGCAAUGGCGUUGUCAUGGAGGAGAUGGGCGACGUCGACGCGGUGGAGGAGGUCAAGCAGGCUUGGGAGGCUCUGCAAAACGUAGACUUACUCGACGUCACCGACCAAGGCAAGGAACGGUGGGUUCGAGCCGAGAAUCUCUACAACGAGCGCACGACGCGUGUAGAAAACUCCAUCAUUGCCCGACUGCGAGACCGCUUGGCGACGGCCAAGACUGCCAACGAGAUGUUUCGCGUCUUUUCCAAGUUCAACGCACUGUUCGUGCGACCAAAGAUCCGUGGAGCAAUCCAGGAAUAUCAGAAUCAGUUGAUGGACCACGUCAAGCAAGCCAUCAACGGCUUGCAUGAGCGCUUCAAGCAGCAGUAUGGACAUUCCGAGGCGCACGCUAUGGCUCAACUUCGCGACCUUCCCCCCGUCUCCGGUGCUAUCAUCUGGGCCCGCCAGAUCCAGUUUCAGCUCGAUGGGUACAUGCGCAAGGUCGAGGCUGUGCUCGGCCCGGACUGGCAUUUGCACGCCGAAGGACACAAGUUGCAAGAGGAGAGUGAUCUCUUCAAGAACAAGCUCGACACGGCACGGAUAUACGAGGCAUGGCUGGCGGAUGUGGGCCGGAGAAAGAUCUCCAUCUCUGGCCAACUCUUCGAAAUUGCUCGAGUAAGGUCUGCAGGCGGUAUCCUCGAGCUGGCGGUGAACUUUGAUCCGCAAAUCAUCACUCUCUUCAAGGAAACAAGAAACUUGAUGUGGCAGUCAUACUCGGUCCCUCACGCGGUCACAACGGUGUCGAAGGACGCCAAGAGAGUGUACCCCUAUGCUGUCAGUUUGAUGGAGAGUGUGCGAACGCUGUCGCAGACCCUGCGCCAAAUCUCAGAGAUGGGAGAGGAAUCGAUUCUUCUCCACGGAUAUCGAAACGACGUGUACAGACUCAUUGGCGAAGGCGUUCCCCUUCGCUGGGAGUCCUUCAUCAACUCCCAUGAGCUGUUUUAUGCCGAUGCGAGGCAGUCCCGGCCUCUCCUCCCUGGUGGCACUGACUUUGGCCUCAACAAAAACACCGAAAGCAAGCACGGCAUGUUCAUCCGCGGGUUUGCCGCUGCCGUUUCGGUUCUCCAGAGCAAGGCUGUCUCCCUUGUCCACAUCCAUGUCGUGGUCGAACAGGCAUUGAAGGAGCUCAAUACCUGUCCCUACGAUGCAUCGGCUUUUUCGUCACGCCUCAACACCAUCCAGUCGGCCGUGGAUCAGCUAAAUCUUGAACAGUACGUGAAUCUUGACUUUUGGGUCGCAGAGUUGAACCAUAAGGUCCAAUCCAUUCUCUUGGACCGGCUGCACGACGCUGUCCGGGCCUGGAUAGCAGCCUUUGAAGAUGUGGCCACGGAAGAGGGGCGCCGAAAGAAGACCACAGAAGACGACAGCAGGCAGGACGCUCCCGUCAUGAAGCGGACUGUCCUCGAGCUGGCAAUGCGAAAUCAGGUCAUCUACCUGGAUCCGCCCUUGGAGUUUGCAAGGGCCAGCUGGUUUCUUCACCUCCAUGACUGGCUGGGCAUUGCCUGCAAUCUCCGCAAGAUCAAGGCAUCUCGGUAUCAGAUGAGCCUACGCGCCAACACCACCGAUGAGCCACGCUUUACUGAUCUGCCCACUGAAUGCGCAAGCAUGCUGCAUCGCGUGUACGUGUCUGUCGAGAAGAAGCUUCACGAAAUUAGCGCAUACGUCGACAAGUGGCUUCAGUUCCAGUCUCUCUGGGAUCUUCAGUCGGAGCAGGUCUACGACAUGCUUGGUGACCACCUUCCGCGAUGGCUCGAGUGUCUGCAGGAUAUCCGCAAAGUCCGCACCACCUUUGACACCCAGGAGGUGAGCCGCUCGUUUGGCCACAUCACCGUCGACUACGACCAGGUCCAGACGAAGGUCAACGCAAAGUACGACCAGUGGCAACAUGAAAUCCUGAUCAAGUUUGCCAGCCGUCUUGGAAAUCGAAUGCGAGACGUCAAUGCAGACAUUGAGAAGGCCCGCAAACACCUGGAGGGCCAGAGCUCUGACACCUCAUCUACCGCCCAGGCGGUUCAAUUCAUCACUGCUGUGCAGAGUUGCAAGCGGAAUGUCAAACUCUGGGCACCCGAAAUUGACAUGUUCCGUCAGGGACAGUCAACGUUGGUGCGACAACGGUAUCACUUCCCGAACGACUGGCUGCACAUAGAGCAGAUCGACAGUCAGUGGGAGGCGCUCAAGGAAAUUCUCGAGAAGAAAUCGAGGGUCAUGGAAGAGCAGUCGGACGCCAUGCGAGCGAACAUCACUGCGCAGGAUAAGCUGGUGAACGAGCGCAUUGCUGAGAUCAUCUUCCAGUGGAACGAGGAAAAGCCGGUGUCUGGGACGAUCCAACCCGAUGUGGCUUCUGCCACGCUGAGCUCCUUUGAGUCACGCAUAGCCAGCCUGCAGGAUGACUUCCUCCAGGUAGUCAAGGCAAAGGAAGCACUGGAUCUUCCCGCUAGCCAAGACAGCUCUCUCGAGGCGACGCUUGAGGAGGUCCGAGACUUCCAGUCAGUUUGGUCGAACUUGUCGACCAUUUGGGCUAGCCUCAACGAGACGCGCGACAUCCUUUGGACUGCAGUUCAACCUCGCAAGAUUCGGUCCAAGGUCGAUGAUCUCAUCAAGAGCACCAAAGAAAUGCCUAGUCGCAUGAGACAGUACGCAGCCUUUGAGCAUGUCCAAGGCAUUCUGCGAGGUUUCCUCAAGGUCAACCCCAUCCUCUCGGAUCUCAAAUCGGACGCCAUCCGCGAGCGGCACUGGCACAAGAUUUACAAGCAGAUUAAGCCCCAGAAACGGUUCUCUCCCAGUUCGAUGACGCUUGGCGAUGUUUGGGACCUCAAUCUCAUUGCCACCGAGGCAAUCGUCAAGGACAUCAUCGCCCAGGCGCAGGGCGAGAUGGCGCUUGAGGAGUUCUUGAAGCAAGUCCGUGAGACGUGGCAGAACUACGCCCUAGAAAUGGUCAAUUAUCAGAACAAAUGCCGCCUGAUCCGCGGGUGGGACGACCUGUUUGCGAAGUGCAGCGAGAACCUGAACUCGCUGCAGGCCAUGAAGCAUUCCCCUUAUUACAAGGAGUUUGAGGAAGAAGCCGUUUCCUGGGAAGACAAGUUAAAUCGUGUCCAUGUCUUGUUUGACGUCUGGAUUGACGUCCAGCGCCAGUGGGUCUACCUGGAGGGUGUCUUCACGGGCAAUGCGGAUAUCAAGCACUUGCUGCCGAUUGAGUCCGGUCGGUUCCAGAACAUCAACAGCGAGUUCUUGACGGUCAUGAAGAAAGCCAACAAGACGCCUUACGUCCUGGACGUGCUCAAUAUUCCCAAUGCGCAAAAGUCGCUGGAACGCUUGGCAGAAAUGCUGAACAAGAUCCAGAAGGCUCUGGGCGAAUAUCUCGAGAAGGAGCGGGUGUCUUUCCCUCGCUUUUAUUUCGUCGGCGACGAGGAUUUGCUGGAAAUGAUCGGCAACAGCAACGACACUCUGCGCAUCGCCAAGCACUUCAAGAAGAUGUUUGCUGGUCUGUCCGGCCUCGUGAUGGACGAUGAAGCCAUCAUCUCCGGCUUUACCUCGAAAGAAGGCGAAGUCGUCAAGCUGAAGAAGGAAAUCUCCCUGGCAAAGACCCCACGAAUCAAUGACUGGCUGGCGCUACUCGAAAAUGGCAUGAAGUCGACUCUCGCCGAGUUGCUCGCUGAGGCUGUGGACCAGUACACACCUAUAUUCGAGUCGGAAACUAUGGAGGCCACGGCGCUGAACGCAUUCAUGGAGCAAUUCCCCAGUCAGAUCGUUGUCCUGGCUACCCAAGUCGUUUGGACCACAGCCGUGGAGAAGACGCUUGCCUCUGGCGGCCAAGCAUUGCAAACACUGUUCGAGCGAGAGAUCCAAGUUCUGCGUGUGCUUGCCGAUACCGUCUUGGGCGAGUUGGAGGUCACACUUCGCAAGAAGUGUGAGCAACUCAUUACCGAGUGUGUACACCAGCGCGAUGCCAUUGAGAAGCUCAUAAUGGCUGGUGCCAACUCCGCGGGUCACUACCUUUGGCAAUUGCAAAUGCGCUAUGUCUACACGCCUGAAGGGAACUUCCUCGACCGCCUUCACGUUCGCAUGGCAAAUGCCAAGCUCAAUUACGGCUUCGAGUAUUUGGGCGUUCCAGAUCGCCUCGUUCGCACCCCUCUGACUGACCGCUGCUUCCUCACUCUCACGCAAGCAUUGUGUCAGCGCCUAGGUGGUUCGCCGUACGGCCCUGCUGGUACCGGCAAGACGGAGUCGGUCAAGGCGCUGGGUGUCCAGCUUGGCAGGUUUACGCUGGUAUUUUGCUGCGACGACACCUUUGACUUUCAGGCCAUGGGUCGUAUCUUCUUGGGAAUCUGUCAAGUUGGUGCCUGGGGCUGCUUCGACGAGUUCAACCGUCUCGAGGAGAGGAUCUUGUCUGCCGUGUCGCAGCAGAUUCAGAAUAUCCAGCUCGGUCUCAAGCAGGGUGCCGAGGAGGACAAGGCUCAGAUUGAGCUGGUUGGCCGUCAACUCAGUGUCAAUGAGAACACCGGCAUCUUCAUAACCAUGAACCCUGGCUAUGCAGGCCGCUCGAACUUGCCCGACAACCUCAAGAAGCUCUUUCGCAGCGUUGCCAUGUCGAAGCCUGACAAAGAGCUCAUCGCGGAAGUCAUGCUCUACUCUCAAGGGUUCAACCAGGCAAAGCAACUUUCCAAGCAGACCGUCCCAUUCUUCGACCAAUGCUCUGCCCAGCUUUCGAAGCAAGCACAUUAUGACUUUGGUCUGCGUGCUCUGAAGAGCGUCUUGGUUAGCUCCGGUGGUCUCAAGCGCGCUCGUCUCAAUGAUGGCAAUCUACGUGUCGAGGGGGUCGUGGAGCCGGAGAUUAUCGUCCAGAGCAUUCGUGAGACAAUCGCUCCGAAGCUCAUCAAGUCGGACGUUGAGAUCAUGACUACACUCGAAGGCAAAUGCUUCCCUGGCAUCGAAUACGUGCCGGCAAACCUCCAAGCGCUUGAAGAGGCUAUUCGCGGCCUAGCCGCGGAGCGUCAUCUCGUCGUCACCGACACGUGGAUGACCAAAGUGUUGCAGUUGCACCAAAUUCAAAAGAUUCAUCAUGGUGUCAUGAUGGUUGGUAACUCGGGCAGCGGAAAGUCUACGGCCUGGCGCCUCCUUCUGGACGCGCUUCAGAAAGUAGAAGGUAUCGAAGGCGUGUCGCACGUCAUUGACUCCAAAGUCAUGUCAAAGGAGGCCCUUUACGGAAAUUUAGACUCAACUACGCGCGAGUGGACCGACGGCCUAUUCACGAGCAUUCUCCGCAAGAUUGUUGACAACCUGCGUGGCGAGGACUCCAAGCGGCACUGGAUCGUCUUCGACGGCGAUGUCGACCCCGAGUGGGUCGAGAACUUGAACUCAGUGCUCGAUGACAACAAGCUGCUUACGCUUCCCAACGGUGAGCGCUUGAACCUGCCACCUAACGUUCGCAUCAUGUUCGAGGUGGAGACGUUGAAAUACGCCACCCUCGCUACCGUCAGUCGAUGCGGCAUGGUGUGGUUCAGCGAGGACACUGUCACACCCGGCAUGAUGGUCGCCAAUUAUCUCGAAACUCUGAGCAGCGUUCCGUUUGAGGACUUGGAUGAGGAUAGUGUUGCCACAGGACAGACGCCUGCCAAGAACCUGGUCGUACAAGGGCAGGUGGCGGAUUUGCUCAAAUCUUGCCUCAUCUCGGAUGAUUUUAUCUUCCAGGUGCUCGAACGCGCCCAGGGUUACAACCAUAUCAUGGAGUUCACUGUCUCCCGUGUGCUCACGACACUCUUUUCGUUGCUGAACAAGGCGGUUCGCGAUGUUAUCGAGUACAACGGGCAGCAUUCUGACUUUCCCCUGGACCCUGAGCAGGUUGAGGCCUUCAUCCCCAAGAAGCUGCUGCUCGCCCUCGUCUGGGCACUGACCGGAGACUGUCCGCUCGGCGACCGGAAGGCCUUUGGCGACGACAUCUGCGCACUUGCCAGCUUUGGGUCGCCGCCCUUGGACGGCACGAGCUCGCUCAUCGACUUUAAUGUCAGCCUGCCGAAAGCUGAAUGGACAUCGUGGCAAAACCAAGUGCCAACCAUCGAGGUCAAUACACACUCCAUCAUUCAGACCGAUGUCGUCAUCCCAACGUUGGACACGGUUCGACACGAGGACGUCCUCUAUUCAUGGUUGGCCGAACACAAGCCUCUCCUGCUCUGUGGUCCUCCAGGGUCAGGCAAGACAAUGACGCUGUUCAGUGCUCUUCGCAAGCUUCCAAACAUGGAAGUUGUCGGCCUCAACUUUUCUAGUGCAACCACGCCAGACCUCCUGAUCAAAACCUUUGAGCAGUACUGCGAAUACAAGAAGACUCUGAAUGGGGUCAUGCUCUCACCGACACAAAUUGGCCGAUGGCUCGUCAUCUUUUGCGACGAAAUCAAUCUGCCGGCACCGGACAACUACGGGACCCAGCGAGCUAUUUCCUUCCUGCGCCAACUUGUCGAACACAAUGGGUUCUGGCGUACAUCUGACAAAUCCUGGGUCACACUCGACCGGAUCCAGUUCGUAGGUGCCUGCAACCCCCCGACUGAUGCCGGCCGUACUGCGCUUGGGGCGAGGUUCCUGCGUCACGCACCUCUCAUCAUGGUGGACUAUCCAGGGGAGCUAUCCCUCAACCAAAUUUACGGAACCUUCAACUCAGCUGUUCUCAAGAUCAUUCCUGCCCUGCGAGGGUACGCGGAACCCCUCACGCACGCUAUGGUGCGGUUCUAUCUUGAGUCUCAACAGAGGUUCACACCAAAGAUUCAGCCGCACUAUGUGUACAGCCCGCGUGAGCUUACGCGCUGGGUCCGGGGUGUCUACGAGGCCAUCAAGCCUCUAGAGAGCCUGUCACUCGAGGGCUUGAUCCGCAUAUGGGCUCACGAGGCCCUGCGUCUCUUCCAGGAUCGUUUGGUCGCUGAGGAUGAGCGAAAGUGGACCGAUGAGGCGGUCAGGCGCAUCGCGCUCGAACUCUUCCCUACUAUUGAAGAAGACAAGGCUCUCGGCGGCCCUAUUCUCUUCUCUAACUGGCUGUCCAAGAAUUACGUCCCUGUCGACCGCGAGCAACUACGUGAGUUUGUCAAAGCGCGACUCAAGACAUUCUGCGAGGAGGAAGUUGAUGUGCCACUUAUCCUUUUCAACGACGUCUUGGAGCAUGUGCUUCGCAUUGAUCGUGUCUUCAGGCAGCCGCAGGGACACCUGAUCCUGAUUGGUGUUAGUGGAAGUGGCAAAACAACGCUCUCGCGCUUUGUCGCCUGGAUGAACGGCCUCAAGGUCUUCCAGAUCAAGGUCCAUGGAAAAUACUCUGGAGAGGACUUUGACGAAGAUCUGCGUGAUGUCCUUCGUCGCUGUGGCUGCAAGGGCGAGAAGAUCUGCUUCAUCAUGGAUGAGGCAAACGUGCUUGAUUCCGGAUUUUUGGAGCGAAUGAACACACUUCUGGCCAAUGCCGAGGUUCCUGGCCUCUUCGAGGGCGACGACUACGCUGCGCUGAUGACAGCGUGCAAAGAAGGUGCGCAGCGUCAAAACCUGCACCUUGACUCUCCGGAGGAGCUUUACAAGUGGUUCACCCAGCAGAUUGUCAACAACUUGCAUGUCGUCUUUACAAUGAAUCCGCCUGAGGGUGGUCUGUCGUCCAAGGCCGCGACCAGUCCUGCUUUGUUCAACCGAUGUGUGCUUAACUGGUUCGGCGACUGGUCGGAUCAGGCUCUGUUCCAGGUAGGCCACGAGUUGACACACUCUGUUGACCUGGACAGGAGCAACUGGCAGUCUCCCGAUACAAUACCUGUGGCCUUCCGCGGCCUCAACCUGCCGCCGUCUCAUCGCGAGGCCGUCAUCAACUCGAUGGUCUACAUCCACUACUCGCUUCAGCGCUACAACCGGAAGCUAUAUCAACAGCAGAAGAAGGUGACUUUCUUGACGCCUCGCCACUUCCUGGAUUUCGUCGGCCAAUAUGUCAAGUUGUACAAUGAGAAGCGUGAAGACCUGGAAGAGCAGCAGCGCCACCUGAACGUCGGUCUUGAGAAGCUCAGGGACACGGUGGACAAGGUCCGCGAUCUGCGCGUCAGCCUCGCCGAGAAGAAGACUCAGCUGGAGCAAAAGGAUGCCGAGGCCAAUGAAAAGUUACAGCGCAUGGUUGCAGAUCAGCGCGAGGCAGAGCAGAGGAAGAAUACGUCGCUGGAGAUCCAGGUCGCGCUAGAGAAGCAAGAAGCGGAAGUGGCAAUGCGGAAGAAGGUGGUGCUGGAGGAUCUCGCCAAAGCCGAGCCUGCCGUCGAGGAGGCCAAGGCCAGUGUCAGCAACAUCAAGCGACAACAUUUGACCGAAGUUCGGUCCAUGGGCAACCCCCCGCAGGGCGUCCGGCUUGCUCUUGACGCAGUUUGCACGCUUCUCGGGCACCGAAUCAACGACUGGAAAGCGGUCCAGGCAGUCGUACGAAGGGAUGACUUCAUUGCCAGCAUUAUCAUGUUCGACAAUGCCAAGCAGAUGACCAAGGCGCUGAGGAUCAAGAUGCGCAACGAGUUCCUUUCCAACCCUGAGUUUACCUUUGAGAAGGUUAACAGAGCCUCCAAGGCCUGUGGACCUCUUGUGCAGUGGGUGGCGGCUCAAGUCAACUACUCGGACAUUCUAGAUCGGGUUGGCCCGCUCAAGGAAGAGGUGACGCAGCUUGAGGAGCAGGCUCUCCAGACGAAGGCUGAAGCCAAGGCGGUGGAGAGCAAUAUCGCUGAACUGGAGGCCAGCAUCAACACGUACAAGACGGAAUAUGCCGCGCUCAUCAGCGAGACGCAAGCCAUCAAGGCCGAGAUGUCCAAGGUUCAAUUCAAGGUCGACCGAAGCGUGAGGCUCCUCGACAGCCUGUCGUCGGAGAGGACACGUUGGGAAGAAGGCAGCAAGUCUUUCGAGACACAAAUCAGCACUCUUGUGGGUGACGUUCUGGUCGCCGCCGCGUUCUUGGCGUAUAGCGGUCUCUACGACCAAACCUUCCGAAAGAGUAUGAUGGACGAUUGGUGUCACCAGCUUCACCUCUCCGGCAUUCAGUACAAGUCCCCGAACCCCGUUACCGAAUACCUCUCGAGUGCAGACGAGCGUCUCAGCUGGCAAGAAAACACGCUGCCUGUCGACGACUUAUGCACGGAAAACGCCAUCAUUCUCAAGCGGUUCAACCGAUACCCUCUCAUCAUCGACCCGUCGGGAAGAGUCACCGAAUUUUUGCAGAAAGAGUGCAAAGACCGACGCCUUACGGUUACGAGCUUUUUGGACGAUACAUUUACCAAGCAGCUUGAGAGCUCUCUGCGCUUUGGCAACCCCAUUUUGAUCCAAGACGCGGAGCAUCUGGACCCCAUUCUCAAUCACGUCUUGAACAAGGAGUACCAGAGAACUGGCGGCCGUGUGCUGAUCCAGCUCGGCAAGCAAGAGAUUGACUUUUCGCCGUCAUUCAAGCUCUACCUGUCGACCCGGGACCCGUCCGCGCAGUUUGCUCCGGAUAUUUGUAGCCGAACCACCUUUGUCAACUUUACGGUCACCAAGAGCAGUCUCCAGACACAGUCUCUCAACGACGUACUCAAGUCAGAGCGACCGGAUGUCGACGAGCGCCGCACCAAUCUCAUCAAGCUCCAGGGAGAGUUCAAGGUGCACCUACGUCAGCUCGAGAAGCAGCUUCUGCAGGCUCUCAACGAGUCCCGCGGCAAUAUUCUCGACGACGACAACGUGAUCGAAACACUCGAGACACUCAAGACGGAGGCUGCUGAGAUCUCGGCCAAGAUGAGCAACACCGAGGGCGUCAUGGCGGAAGUCGAAGAAAUUACGCAGCAGUACGGUAUUAUCGCCAACUCAUGCAGCGCCGUAUUCGCCGUCUUGGACCAGUUGCACUUCCUCAACCACUUCUAUCAGUUCUCGCUUCAGUACUUUUUGGACAUUUUCCAGAUGGUGCUGCACGGCAAUCAGCAUCUGGCGAGCGAGACUGACCACAAUGCGCGUCGCGAUAUCAUUGUCAAGGACUUGUUUGUAAACGCCUUCAAGCGAACGGCACUUGGUCUGCUGCAAAAGGACCGCAUCACCUUGGGCAUGCUGCUUGCGCAGGCCUCGCCCUACAAGAUGGACAAGUCGCUGAUUGACAUCAUCCUCGACAGCCGCGUCCAAGGCAAAGACUUGUCGUCUAACCCCGGCCAAAGGGACGACGCUUUCAUGCAGGCUAGAAAGCUCAGCGUAUUCAAGGAGAGGUUGGACGGCAUAUCGACUGGCGAUUGGGACAAGUUCCUGGCUGAGGAGCUCGCUGAGGCGGCCGUACCCAAGGUCUGGGAUGAUGAAGCCAGCCCUCUUGAUCAGGCUCUUCUGUCGCUCCUGCUCGUGAAGCUCUUCCGCAUGGAUCGGUUCGUGCCGGCAGCUGAACGCUUCGUCGGUCAGGUGUUUGGCAGUGACAUCUUCGACUAUGUUGAAGACCUCGGAGCAACAGUCAGUCAAGUCUCGGCCAGGCUGCCGAUUGCUCUGGUAUCCAGCCCCGGAUUCGACGCAAGCUACAAGGUGGACAACCUCGUGGAGAGGAUGAACGUCAAGUGCACCAACAUUGCCAUGGGCUCUAACGAAGGCUUGGCCAGCGCGGACAAGGCUAUUAGCAACGCAGCUCAGACGGGCUCAUGGGUGCUUGUCAAGAACGUUCAUCUCGCACCGACAUGGCUUCAGAGCCUGGAGAAGCGAAUGGAAGCGCUCAAUCCGCAAAAGGACUUCCGACUGUUCCUGUCGAUGGAGUCGAGCCCCAAGAUCCCCGUCAAUCUGAUUCGCGCCUCUCGCGUGCUCAUGUAUGAGCAGCCCGCCGGCGUGAGAGCGAACAUGAAGGACUCGCUCUCGUCACUAUCAACACGGGCGACCAAGAGCCCCGUGGAGAGGGCAAGGCUGUACCUCCUCAUCUCGUUCUUGCAUGCCGUGGCACAGGAGCGGCUGCGGUAUGCGCCGACCCUUGGCUGGAAGGGGUUCUGGGAAUUUAACGACAGCGACUACGAAUGCUCUGCAUUCAUUGUCGACACGUGGUUGGAGGGCGUUGCCGGCAACCGAACCAAUAUUGCACCGCAGAACAUCCCGUGGGAUAUGAUUCGAUACCUUGUGACGGAGACAUACGGAGGCAAGAUUGACGAUGAGGGCGACUUCAAGCUCCUGGGCGAGCUGGUGGCCUCGUUCCUGACGCCAGCGGCGUACGACGUGGACCACAAGCUCGUGGACGGACCGGAUGGCGGGUUGCUGGUGCCCUCGGGCACAAGCCUGCAAGACUUUAUGGCGUGGAUCCACAGGCUGCCGGAGCGCGAGCCGCCAACAUAUCUAGGUCUGCCGGCUAACGCGGAGAAGCUCUUGUUGGUAGGCCUCGGGGAGAACCUGGUCACGGACCUAGGCAGGGUGACGGAACUGCUGGACCAAGGAGAGCAGCUGGUUACAGAUUCUUGAAGCCGCAGAGGCUCUGUCUACUAUUCGUUUUCUUUUGUUCUCUGUACUUUGCUCGGCUGAUGGUAUGACGCGGCGGCGCUCGAGGGGCUUUCUUUGAUGGCAUAAAGGGGAUUACAGAGAUACCCGGACACGAGUUGGCUGUAUAAAAGAUCUCCUCUUGUUAUUAUUGUUGAGUAAGAAACACACUUUUUUGCAGUUGAAAAUGCAGCGAGAAGGACCCUUUCUCAACAGACUUCUUCAAUGAACAAGCGGGAUGGCGACCGAAGUAGAAAAGGCAGAUACGACGUUAGCAUCAUGG